GUUGCCAAUACGGGAGGAUGUGAACGUCGUUUCAGAUAAUGCUUUUUUAAACAAAAUCCAAUAUUUAUCGACGCCGACAGACGACACGCCCGGUUUAGUUCGACCACCAUCAUGUGAACCAUGAGAUUUUACUUGUUUCUCGCUGUGCAUGCUGUGAUUUUAAUGUGCUUUUGUUUAGAAAGUGGUGAAGGAGUUUGUGAGAACAAGAAUCUGACAAAAGCCUGCAAAAAGAGAUCAUUCGUCCAACUAAUCUUGACGAAACACUUGCCAACUUUCAAUGAAAACCCUAAAGGAAUUUGUAGGUGGUUGAAAGAAUUGAAACAUCAAAGUGGGUUGUGCAAAAGAAGAAGAGGCCUAGCUGAAAUUAUAAAUGCUACUAGAGAAUUGACUCUGAACUCCUGCACACAUGAUUUUCAAUACGAGCAAUGGCCUUGCCUGCGCUUAAAACGAAUCUUCAAAAAAGUAUAUCGCGAGACAUCCUUCGUAUAUUCCCUGACCACAUCAGCAUUCAUGUGGCUAGUGGCCAGAGCUUGCGCGGCUGGUACCCUAGAGGACUGCGCAUGCGCUGCGACUCCCGGAAAGCACUCUGGUGCGCAUGCUCACGUAAACGUUACUGCAGGCGGAUGGCGUUGGGGAGGAUGUGGAGAUAACACCAAAUUCGCCAGGAGGUUGACGUAUAAGUUCUUUCAGCUCAAAAAGAAAGGUGAUAAAGCUCAGAAUAUUUUAAGGUAUAAUGGAGAAGUAGGAGUCAAAAUUGUGAUAAGAAGUGAACAAAAAGUCUGCAAAUGCCAUGGAUUAUCAGGUUCGUGUACCUACCGCACUUGCUUCAAGCGCCUCCAACCAUUCACUGUCAUUACUGAGGAACUGAAGAGUCGGUACCACAGCGCAGAGCGCAUCUCAUCAGAUAACGACCUCUGGAGGCCAUUGAACGAAAAAGAAUGGCGCGAUGAAGAAAAGGAUACGACGGAUACGUUGCGGUACCUCGAUACGGGCCCGAAUUGGUGCCAAUUCACCGUUGGGCGGCGUUGCAAGGAUACUGACAACUGCGCCACCUUGUGUUGCGGCAGGGGUGUGCGACUAGGACAAAGAACAAUCAGAGAGCCCUGCAAAUGUCGGUGGAGGAAUGAUACAGCUUAUCAAGUCGUUUGCGAGCAGUGCGAUAAGGAAGAAACUGUCUACCAUUGUCAGUGACAGGAAAUAGAUAGCAUUGAAAAAAC